CUUGUAGGCGGGUUUGGCAAAGUUCCCAGGAAGCAGUUUGACGUCGCACCAACAAGAACGGUUUUCCGGCUAGUUUCCUAACUUUUUUUUUCCAAAGACACAUUGUUGCGAGUCACACAAUAGAAAGAUGCAAAACAGCGCCUAUGGAGCCCCGCUGGCCGGUGGCGCUUUCGAUUUCGGAGGCUUUGCAAGAAAGCCACAAACUAUUUUGCGGUGCUUGAGCUGGCUCUUUGCCAUCGUGGUGUUUGCAACCAUCACGGCAGAGGGCUACGUCAACACGUCGCAGCAGCCGGAAGCCAGGUGCAUGUUUAACCACAAAGACAGCGCUUGCAGCUACGGAGUGGGCAUAGGCAUCCUGGCCUUCUUGGCGUGUGUCGCCUUCCUGGUGCUGGACGCUCACUUCCCGCAGAUCAGCAACGCCAAGGAGAGAAGAUACAUCGUCAUUGCAGACUUGGGCUUCUCGGCCACGUGGACAUUCCUGUGGUUCAUCUGCUUCUGUGUCCUGGCCAACCAGUGGUCCUUGACCACCGACCUCGCUGUCCCGGCUGAUGCUGCACGGGCUGUUGUGGCGUUCUCCUUCUUCUCCUUCCUCUCCUGGGGUCUGCUGGUCUAUUCCGCCUACACGAGGUACCGCCAAGGCCUGACCGACUUGGCCCAGCAGUACACAGACCCCGCCACCGACCAUAACGCCCCCUACCCUGCAGCGCCAUACGCCACCGACCCCGCUGGCUACCAGCAGUCUCCUUUCUCCCAAACCCCGGAGAACCCCGGAGAGUACCAGCCGCCAGUUUAUUGAAGGACUGGGCUCCCAAACUCCGACAAGGAUGGGUUUCCAGCGGGGCGUGUACAUGUUCUUUGUGGAUGUUGAAUGAUUUGCUGUGGAGGAAAAGGGGGUAGGGAUUUCUUGUCUUCAUACCAAAACCACUGUCGUGACUUGAAUUGGCCCAACGUUUCACCCUGAGUGCCAUAUGAGGGGAUCAUGCUAAGAAAUGUAUCUUGUUAACAUGGACUAUGCAAUAUUGUUUAGAAGUUCUGCGACAAACAUGUUUGAGGUCCCCGGUAAGAACUACUGUAAUGAUUUGUUUUAACAAUCACUUUAAAAAUAUAUAAUUGCCUUUGUGCACUGAAACAUACGCUUAUAUAUUUUAAAUCUUAUUUUAAAGUUAUUUUCUUUUUCUUAGAAGGUAGCUAAGCCACGUAUUCAUUUCUGCUACCUCUGUUGGACUUUCAUGUGGCUUUCUUCUGUUUUAAUAGCAAGUUGAAGUGAUCUAUUUAUUCAUCUUCUCAGCCCAGGCACAUGACAAUCACGUCAUCAGUAAGUCGCUUUUCUUAUUUUGCUUGUUUUUCUAGUCUUGUUUUGCUCUUCAGUCUUGCAGAUUAUUCUGAAAUGCCUUACAGAGUAUUGCCUUGACCAAAUAAAAAAAAAGUUGUUCCCAA